UCACGGUAGGUUGAGCCGGCUGAGGUCCAUAGAAAUUUGACAGCUUCACAGGUGAGACAACCGUCCAGAGGCUGUUUCACUUUGCAUUUCAGUUUUCUUCCGGAACACAAUUCACUGUGAGCCUGGGGUUGCCACAGUCAAAAAACAACCAUUCGAAGUCUAACCACUCCGGCAGCAUGAGCAAAAAGAAAAAGGACUGGAAGAUUGAAAAAGAGAGACUGCUCCGUCUAGAUCGAGAGGAAAGACGCAAGGAGUAUCGUCGUCAAGAUUUCAUAUCUCUGGACAAGAUCCCAUCCUGGAGAGAGGAAAAUAAAAACAAUGACAAAGAAGAAGGAAAGGAGGUGACAGGUGGAGGAGGGCUGAGUGAUAAAGUUUCUCUCUACAAAGGAGAUAUCACCGUGCUGGAGGUGGAUGCAAUAGUCAAUGCUGCUAACUCCAGUCUUCUGGGAGGAGGGGGAGUCGAUGGCUGCAUACACAAAGCGGCGGGGUCCUGCCUGUAUGAUGAGUGUCACUCACUAAAUGGCUGUGAAACCGGCAAAGCCAAGAUCACCUGUGGAUACGAUCUCCCUGCAAGAUAUGUGAUCCACACCGUGGGCCCGGUGGCCAGAGGUCAUGUGGGCCCUACCGAGACCAAUGACCUCACCUCCUGCUACCAGAACUCCCUCAGGCUGAUGAAGGAGCAUGGCUUGAGCACUGUGGCCUUCCCAUGUAUAUCCACAGGCAUCUAUGGCUUUCCCAAUGAACCUGCAGCUGACAUUGCCCUGAACACAGUAAAGAGCUGGAUCGAAGAGAAUCCUGAUAAGAUCACACGGUCAUAUUCUGCGUCUUCCUUGAGACAGAUUUUGCCAUCUACAAAAAGAAAAUGUCUGUCAUUUUCAAGACAAUGAUAUGGAGGUUACAGAGGAGCAGCUGAAGGGAGAUAACACACCGCCAUCUACAAAAUCCACACCUAAGGAAGAAAAUGAGGAUAGCACCAGAGGUAAAGAGGAAACAGUGAUGAAGAAGAGGCUGACAAUGAUGCUGAAGAAACUGCAGACGUGGAGAUGAUGAGUCAAAACCAAGAUGAUGAUGAUUUAGCCCAGAAAGAGACAAAUGAAGAGCCGGAAAGAGAUGAGAAUGAAAACCAAGAUGAAGGUGAAGAGAUCGACACUGUCAAGGAGAAAGAUGAAGAUACAGGAGGCACCAACAACAAGAACAAAGCAGAGGAAGAGGAACAUGCUGCAAAGACAGAGGAGGAUGAUACAGAAAAGAUCACUGAGGAGAUGGAAGAUACUGAAGGAAGUGCAGAUGUGAAAUGAUGAGUCAAAACCAAGAUGUCUCUGAGAUCAAUGAAACUGGCACCAGCAAUGGAGAGAUGAAAGAUCAUGUGAAGAGUCUAGAAGAGUCUGAUUCAAUUCCAACUGACAUCAUUCAGUCCAAAGACGCUGUUGAGAAGAAAGAAUGACCAGCUGAGGGAAAGACAAUCAACCUCAUCUGACAGCCAGCAAACUGUGCGAAGGCCAACCACACUGGUGUCAGAGUGGCCCAUGGCAGUAUGGGAUCUGACACUGGCCCAGGGCAAACCAGUAACUCACAAGAUGCUCACAUGACCAACUUUACUUAGCCUUUUAUCUCUUUGUUUAGAAAUUUCUCAUCCCUGAAGUAUGUAUGUCUAUGUAUGUAUGUACAAAACCUUACUAUAGGACUUGAACAUAUCAACCAGAAGAUGAGCCAUACCUCACUGUGUGUUAAGAGUCAUUCAUCAUUUUUGCCAGCUGUGUGAGAUAAAUAAAUCAGGUUCAAGUCUUUUUAUUUGAUCUGUACCCACUGUGAGAGCAUGGGGAAGCUGUCAGAAGACAACAGCCACAGCUCCUCCACGUUGACACUCCAGGCUGGGUGAUGCUUAACAUCAGCCAUCCUUUUGUUCUUACAACUCAAAUACCACCACCUCAGUCAUCAUGACAUGAUUCAGCAGCAGAAUACCUGACAGCGCCCUGCGUUUGUAAGCCCCUGCAGAGUGCAACACACAGACACCUGCCAUGUCUUCUCACACAUUACGGCAGAUCCAGCUCCAUUGUUCCGUCAAAUCAGCCAAUACUUUGAUUCACACCAAGGUCUCAAAAGUGGUGUGCCACUCUCAGGCCUUUCAUCCCCAAACAUCACUGAUUACAUCCAGUCUCCACCGCUGCUAAAUCUGCAGCUCGACUCGUUUACCAGGAAAACUGUUCAUCCACACCCACGCACACUAAAGAGGAUGUGAGUGUCUCAACUAAUCGAUUAGUUCUUUCCCCCCGUUUUUCGUUUCCAGUGCAUGCCAGAAAAUUGCUUUGAACGUCACCAACAUAAACAGGAAUUAGUCUUCUCCGCUUUUGCUUGUCUCCUUACCAGAUUGUCUAUAAUUGUAUAAAAGGAAUCUGCCUUAUUUCAUAUCAAACCACAGAAAUCACAAUCACAGACGUCACAGAAUGAGGUGGUCCAAGUAUGACUUCUUGGUUGUGGAUUGCUUGCAGAUGAUUUGUAAUUUUAAGUACAUCACAUAAUGGCUAAUACCUGUUGUUAAUGGUUUAUUAGUUUUUCCCUCAGUUGAUUUCAACAAUAAUUGAGUUUAAUGUUGGUAUGAUUCCUCAAAUAUUUUCAGUGGUGCCAUACUAAAGAUCAGUUGAAUUACAGUUCUAUGAAAUGAUGCCUUCAUACUUUGAUGUUUGCUUUGCUAAACUAUAACAGAAACGACUAAUAAAGUUUAAGGUGAAAGCCAU